UCUCCGCUGGACGCGGCCAAGAAUGUUCCUUGGUGUGGAUGCGCGGUUUUCUCGUAACCUUGGUGAAAAUGCGUUGGCAGUCAUUGAGACUGUAGUUGCGUUCGUAAACGGCCGAUUGUAAAACAAUGUGAAACGAUCGCGGUACAACCUGUCGUGGUGCCGAUAAUUGAGCUUUAGCUCGUAUCGUUCACGUGUUCGUUCUUUCCUUCUUUUUUUUACUUCAAGGAACUACGAUCAGUUCGUGUUACAAAUAUGGCUUGGAAGAGAAUAGUUAAAACAUCGACAAAAGAACUUGCGUAUCGCGAGAAACAUUUUCAUGAUGUUAGAGUUAUCACAGAUAAGCAAAUAGCUUGUACUGCCUGUGGUAAUCAAUUAAGUGUUGAAACAAAACAAAUCUUUCCUCAUCCUUCCAUUGGAGUACUGCUGUGUGAGGCAUGCUUAGAAAAUAUAGAGGCAACAUUUCAUGGGAUUGAAACCAAGAAACACUGUCUCAUAUGUAGUGAUAACAGAAGAUUGUACGUGUGCUGUAAUAAAGACUGUUUCUCGGCGUUUUGCAAGGGAUGUAUAAAGAGAAACUUCAGCUCCUCGUUGUUGGAUGCAGAAGAGGACAGCUGGGAAUGCUUCUCAUGUAAUCCCAAACCACUUUGGACUCUGAGAGCCAUAUGUGCUGCUGUAAUGGAUUCUCUUCCCAAAAAGGGUAAGAAGACAAGCACCAAGAUUCAAAAACGUAUUUUACCAUCUCAAUUACAACAAAUAGAGAAAACCAAAACAGUACAAAAAAAAUUACAAAUGUUGUGCGAUACAGAGGAUGAGAAUUCUUCUGCGAAGUCAUUAGUUCCUUCAAGAUUCUCGCGGAAAGUAGAUAAUAAGAGUCGUACGAAUUGUGUUACUGGCCUUGUUCAACAGAAAACGGUAGAUCGAACAGAUUCAUCCAGUGAGAAUUCGCCUGUCUCAUAUAAAAGAGAUAAACGAAGUAAAAGCAAGAAACAAAGAACGAAAUCCACACGAGAGUCUAUCGAUCGUUUCGAGCAGAAAUCGUCAAGAUCACUUGUAGAAAAAAAAGAUACAUCCAAGAGAUGUAAAAUAUAUAGUGAUUCAAAUGAUUCUUCCGAUUCAUCAUUGCAAGUGGUUACAGAAAAAUGUACAAAUAGAUAUAAAUCUGAAAAGUUAGAGAAACGUAAAACGAAUCGUGCAGAUUCUUCUGAUAGCGAGAACCACGAGAGCGAUACAAGAAGAGCGUCGAGUACAUCGAAGAGAACACCAAAAAAUACUAAACAACAGAAUAAGAAAAUUGAUGAUUCUUAUAAUGCAAAGUUGAAGGACAGGGCGAGGAAACGUCAUGACUCAACUAGCGAGUCCGAAAGCGAAGGAAAUAAAAGUCGAGAUAGAGGGAAGCAUGCGGAAAUGAGCCGGACGACGUCGCACGGUAAUAAUGACGAACGAAAACGCGACAAGUCGUCGAAGUCGCGACUUCCUAACAUUCAAGAGGACGAUUCGGAUAACAGCUCUAGUAAAGAAUUUCAGACAAUAAAAUUUCAAAAAGUGAAUCGCAACAAGUACUCUACAAGGCAGUUGGCGGACUUGGAAACGGAUUACACUAAGUCACCCAGCGUGAAAAAUUCUGCGAAUAAACACGAGAAACAUAUCGAUGAACUCAAGGAUAUAAAAAAGAUUGUAAGGGACUGCAAGAUGAUAUGUUCAAAUUUUCAGAUGCAUGUAGAAGCUAUAGAGCAGCUAUAUGGCAAAAAGGAUGAAGAGCAACUUAUACUAAAGUGCCAAGAAAAAGUUGAAAAGUUGAGCACGAUGGUGGAGGAAAAGCGAAAGAAUUUAAGAACUUGUUAUCACUUAUGGUCCGGGAAUAGAAAAAGAUCUGCUAAAAAGAAAUACAAAGUAAACAGUUCUAGCGAUGAUGAACAGUCUCCAGCAGAAUGUGAGAAACGCACGGUGGACAAUGGUAAACGUAUCUCAGAAGCUGAGCAGAACGAAAAAAAGACUGUAUCCGAGUGUGACAGUGAUGAGAUAUUUUCAGGGAGCGAAACAAGAUUAUCACGGAAGUUACAGACGACUCGACGCAAAGCAUCAGGAACGGAAGAUAGUCGAAAUGACAAAAAAUCUAAUACUGAUGAUGAAGCCGGUAUGUCAAUAGAUGAGGAUAGUACGUUAAAGGAUAAGGAUAAAAAUGAUGUGGAUACGCGAGAUAAUUUCACUACCUCUCCUGUGUUAGGUACCGCAAAAGAGAAGAAGACCAGCACAGAACAAUCGAGUAAAAAGCAACUAGAAGAAUGCAACAAAAGUAACAACGGGACACUGAUGGAUAAUAAUAGUGAUGCUAACGAUGAGCAGACAGAUUUAAACAUCGAUGUUUGUAAUGACGAAACUGAAAUUGAAAGUUCUCCUUCAAGAGAAAAUGGUUGCGAGAAAAGGGCAGUAAAACUUGAUGGAAUAGGUCAGUCAAACAAAAAUGAUAUAAUCAAUGAAUCAACAGAUAUGUUUGACACAUCUAUUGAGGAGGCAAAAGGGAGCAGCAAGGAAGUCGCAAAAGAAACGAACUGCGAUAAAGGAGAGCGUUCACACGCAUCUGAAGAUGAAUUUUUAGAUUGUCACGAAAAUUUCUCACAAGAUGAAGUUCCAAGUGAAAAAAAGAAAACAUCUCUUUUAUCUCGUGAUAUUGAAGAAGAAAAUGAUUUACCAGAUCAAGAUGAUCAGGAGAAAAUGAGGACAUCUGUAUCCAAUAAGGAAAUCCAUGACAAAUCGAAAGCGUCCGAAAAAAUAAACACCGAUGAUAAUGAAUCUCUCGAUGAUGCUGAGGCAUUGGCAAAGAAAGCUCUGCUGGCAACGGAUUCUGACAUGUCCGACACAUUGCCUGAAAACAGUAUAACUGAACCAACUAAAGAUUUAAUUGUAAACAAUACUAAUCGAAUUGAAGAGAAAAACGAGAUGCGAGCUAAUUCUGAUGUCAAUAGCGAUAGUAACACAGUAAUGCUUCCAGAUUUUCUAAAAAUGAAUACCGAUGCUGUAAAGGAUACUACUAUCAAAGCUAAAACUCAAGUUGAAAGAGAAAACGAUAAUCGACUGGACAAGAAAUCUCGCAAAGAAUUGCGUUCUUCAGAUGAGGAUGCCAAGGCAGAAGAAGCUGCCAAGGAAGCUCUUUUGGAAUCAAAUUCAGACGAUUCUCUGCUUUUGUCGUCGGAAUCGGAUGGACUGGUCGACAAGGAGUCUAUAUCAAAUUCUUCUGAAAAAAAUGCCAAAGCUAAGCUAUCGCUCCUGGCAUCUACCUCUAGUGAAACCUCCAGUUCCGAGCUGGUUUUGUUAGACACGGCAAACGUUUCGAAGAGCACUAAACGUAGUCAUGAGCCUGAGAAUGAUAGAGAAUCUCUAUCUCUAUCUGCCAGGCUAAAGAAGAGACGACUUAGAGAUUGUCUCGACAAAAAUUACCACUACAACAAUGAUAAGAAAUUGAGAAUGUCUUGCGCAGUUCAUGUAAAGCGAUUAAACAUAAAGGUUCUUAAACGCCAUUCACGUGCGUUAGAAAAGUCAAGAGAAUAUUUGGAACAUAAGGCAUUUAAAAGUCUUAUUAAUCUGGAUAAACUUGAAAAAAGACGCAAGAAAAGUGCAAAGAAAGAUUCCGAUUCGUUGACUGAUGACGAUUCGACAUCACAAAUUUUGAAAAGCUCAAAUAAGCGAAAGGGAAAGGCAAAAGACAAAGAGGAGUCUUUGAUGGAUCAUUUGAUAGAGAAUGACGAUAUCUUGCCAAAUGUAGAAAUAGAUUCUGAUACUGAAGAAUCAGUUCCUCAAAUAAGUAAAGUAGACGAUAUGCCUGUGUCUAAUGAAGCUCUAUUAUCAGAGGCAGAAAGAAUAGCGAGAGAGAAUCUACUAAAUUCCUCUGAUUCAUGUGAAAAGGAAGUAAUGGUGGACAGUGAUGAUAGCAUUAAUAAUAAGGAUAAAGGUAAAACAGUAGAGAAAAAGAAAAAGAAGACCGAAGAGAAAACUUCAAAACAAGAUGAGAGCAAGAAAGACAAAAGCGAUUGGAGGCAGGACAAGAUAUUGACAACAAAAUUGUCUGAUUCUAAUUCUGAGGUCGAGGAAGAAAAAUGGAAGAAGAAACAAGAAAAGAUGUCAAACAAAUCGAAAGAAAAUAAUAGUGAUUCUAAUGACGAAGAAAGAUCCUUCGAAUCUAAGAAGAAGAAGAAAAGGAAGAAGGUCGCUCGAAGAAUCUUAGAUUCGGAUUCAGAUGUUAAAGUAACGGAUUUAGAUUCUGACGUUAAAAUAACGGAUUUGGAUGACUCGUCUAAAGCUUCAGGCGAUUCAGAAAGUGAUUUCAGGAAGAAAAAGGAUAAGUUAAAACGAAAGAGACGCAAACGCGAUGGUAGCAAUUAUUCGGACUCGGAUUCUUCACUUGCUGAGAAGAAAUCAAAACCGAAACGAAAACGAAUCAAGAAAAUGGCAUCUGACAGUGAUAGUAGCAUUGAGGAAAUAAAGAAUUCACAAGGAUCCACGCCCGGUAAAAGUGGUCGGAAGAAUAUACGAAAAGUUCUCAAGGAUAAGCAAGUAGCGGAAGAUACGAAACUAGCUGCUAAGGAAGAGGAAGAGAGACUUAAACGUAUCGCCGAGCGUCAGGCUGUGUAUAAUGAAAUGUAUGAGAUAAGGCUCGCCGGCGAAGAGAAAGUGGAAAAGCUCGUUUUAGACUUCAAUACGGAGACAAAGAAGGAGCUUGUUGCUGUACCCGAGGAAUUGGUAAAGUGUCUAAAGCCGCAUCAAGCGCAGGGUAUCAAAUUUAUGUGGGACGCUUGUUUCGAGUCUCUAGAAAGGGUGAAGAGUACAUCUGGCUCUGGAUGUAUAAUCGCGCACUGUAUGGGUUUGGGCAAGACACUACAGGUGAUUGCUCUGACAUACACGCUUCUCACUCACCCUUCAACAAAUGUUAAAACCGUACUGGUGGUUUGCCCACUAAGCACGGUGCUUAAUUGGCUAAAUGAGUACAAUACGUGGCUAAAGGAAUUGAAUGAUAUCGAGGUUUACGAGCUGACAAAAUUUAAGAAGAACAUUGAGAGAAAGUUCCAGUUACAGAGAUGGCAAAAGACUGGCGGCGUGAUGAUCAUUGGCUACGAAAUGUUUCGUAAUCUCACGGGUCCGAAUAAAAAUAUUCGGAAAGGCAUGAAAGAAGUGAUGAUGGAAUGCCUAGUUGAUCCAGGUGCCGAUCUUGUAGUCUGUGACGAAGGUCAUUUAUUGAAGAACGAGGAUACUUCGUUAAGUAAAUGCAUGAGAAGUGUGAAAACGCUGAGACGCAUAGUACUUACUGGAACACCAUUACAAAACAAUUUAAUAGAGUACCAUUGCAUGGUGCAGUUUGUGAAACCGAAUCUACUGGGUACGAAGAAAGAAUUUCUAAACAGAUUUGUAAAUCCGAUAACAAACGGCCAGUUUGACGAUUCCACUGCUUACGACGUUAAAUUGAUGAAGAAACGUGCACACGUGUUGCACAAGAUGUUGGAGGGUAGUGUACAGAGAUUUGAUUACUCCGUACUUACACCAUUCUUGCCACCCAAACAAGAAUAUGUUAUAUUUGUCAGACUGACAGAUACGCAAAUAAAAAUGUACCAGUAUUACUUGGAGAACCUUGCCAGACGUUCAUCUGGUCAAGGAGGAACUCUCUUCGCGGAUUUUCAAUCCUUACAGAGGAUUUGGACACAUCCCAUAGUCCUGCGUUUAAACGCGGAGAAAGUGGAAAAGGCGAAUGAGAAAAAGGAUCUCAGCGAAUCGGAGGGUUCAUUAAAAGAUUUUAUUAAUGACGAUACUUCCGACAUAGACAGCAGCGACAGCAGUUCGCACAGUGACAGUGAUGUUCAGGCAAUCGAUGAUGAAAAAGAAAAUUCAAACGUUCCCAAACGUAGAACAAGAAAUAACCCUGGCGAAGAGGAGCCAGAAGAAGAGACUAAAGAAGAAAAUACAGAAUCAGAAUGGUGGUUGCAGUUUGUGCAACCCGAACAUUUUGAAGAUAUGAAAGUGUCUGCUAAAGUAUUACUUCUCUUCGGAAUCCUAAAAGAAUGUGAACAAAUCGGUGAUAAAGUGCUCGUGUUCUCACAAUCUUUAUAUUCUCUCACUUUAAUCGAGGAAUUUCUAAGAAAAAUAGACGACCAAACUCAGAGUGGCGAACCCAGUGAGUCCCUCGAUAAUCACACUGGAAGUUGGUCUCUAGGGCUUGAUUAUUUCCGACUGGAUGGUCAGACCUCGCCCGAAAAUCGAAAUAUGUGGUGUAAGAUAUUUAACAGACCCACUAACACGAGAGCGAGAUUAUUCCUCAUAUCUACACGCGCCGGUGGAUUAGGGAUAAAUUUGACUGCGGCAAAUAGAGUGAUUAUAUUCGAUGCCAGUUGGAAUCCCUCUCAUGAUGUACAAAGCAUAUUUCGGAUAUACAGGUUCGGGCAAAAGAAACCGUGCUACGUAUAUCGAUUUCUCGCCGCGGGAACGAUGGAGGAGAAAAUUUACAAUCGCCAAGUUACAAAGCUCUCGCUUUCGUGCCGCGUUGUGGACGAACAACAGAUUGAACGGCACUACAGUAAUCACAAUCUAAAUGAGUUGUACGUGUUCGAGGGAUAUAGUGAUAAAGAGAAACCCACGUUAAAUUUACCUAAAGAUAGACUCUUGGCGGAGAUAUUUCUGAAGUUCAAGGAUUUUGUAGAAAAUUACCACGAGCAUGAUUCUCUAUUGGAGAACAAGGCUGAAGAGGAAUUGGAUGAAGAGGAACGCAAGCAAGCCUGGUUAGAAUAUGAAGAAGAGAAGAAGGGUAGACCACUCAAUACAAUUAUAAAUCCAAUGGCGAAUACAGCUUAUCAGAACAAUAUGCUUCUGCAGCAGUACAUGAUGAUGAACUCCGUACAGCCUAACAUAUUACCUCAAAAUAUGUCUCUGCAGAUUGAUUAUGAAAAUUUCCAACAGCUUAUUAUUAAAGAUUAUCCUAACGCGACGCCGGAACAACAUAAGAUGAUAAUGAAUCGAGCACUAAUGGAUAUGUACAAUUAUUGGGAGAAGCAAGCUGCACUUGGCGUGGCAUACAACAAACAACCCGUAAUACGAAAUCCAAUGGUUACAUCGAAUAUUUUACAGAAUUUUCAGCAAAGACCGCAAACCUCGAAUUUCCAACAAAGGCCACAAAUUCUAAACAAUAGCAAUGUACAUCAACAAGUCUCGCAGUUGAACCAAUUGGUUUCGGGACAAUCGGCGAAUUACAUAAAUGCGAAUAAACCUGUGCAACCAAGCACUGUAGAAAUAAUAAAAGAUUUAGUCCCAAAUAUAUUAUCACAUCGAAACACCCCAUCGGCUAACAAUGUAGGCGGAAACACGGACCAAGAUAUAGAGGUGCUACCUACUACAAGUAAUAUAGGUGUAAUACGCCAGAGUGGAAUGAGUAGCGCACAAGUAGCUGCACCGAUUGAUAAUAGUAAAAUCCAAGAGGAGUAGACUUUAUACACAAAUAUUUUAUACGAAUUAUUUUGCGUCGUAGUAUUAUCGGUAGGUCGAUCUAAAUCUCUAUUAGUUGUAAACCGAUUGUGAGAAAGAGUUGUCGUAUACGAAAAUGUUAUUUAUACUUUGCAUUGAUUUCUUAUUGGGUUGAUGCAUAAGUUCGUCCCGUUUGAAAAAAAAAUGUUAUACCUAUCCUAUUUUGCCGAUAUACAUUUAAUCAGUGGUAUCAGCAAUCUCACGAGUUGUAUUAUGACGAUCAGUUUCAAUCAAGACCAAGAUUUCGUGACUGUCAAUUUUGGAAGGCCGUCCAGAACGUGUCUCAUCCGCGAGAUUACAUUUUCCAUUACGGAAUCGUCGGAACCAUUUACGAAUGGUGGAAUCAUCAAUAGCAUCUCCGUAGACAACAUAUUUUUCUUUUUGUUUGAACAGCAGUUUUGCCUUUACAAAAAUAAAGCAUGGUAUACCGAAAGUGAUGUUUAUUUUUAUCCAUCUUUAUAAAUUUACACGACUCACAAACAUUAAUCGACGACAACAAAUUUGACAGUAAACUUUCUGUUCAAUUGCUACUUUCAAACGUUUAAUAUGACAUAUAAGUGUGAACUCGAUAUCAGAUCGAAUUCGUAUCCUGGGCGCUAAAAAAGUCUGGAACGGUCGACUAUCUCGAUAAGGAAGAGUUUUACGAGAAAAUGUUUCUGACAAGAGUUGUAUGGCUUCGAGGAGGACAUAACAUGGUACCAUUGGUUUGACCUUGAAAAGUUAUUUGAAGGUUACAUGAAGGUCAUCUUCUAAUUUUUUAAUGGAACCCCCUAUUGUUUAUUAUACUAUCUUAUUUUACUAAUAUGA